UCCCCAACAACCCCAUGAGUUCCCCAGACUUCCCCAACCCCAAGAUGACCCCCCCAGACCUCCCCAACAACCCCAUGACUUCCCCAGACUUCCCCAAGAACCCCAUGCAAAUCGCCAACCCCAAGAUGACUUCCCCAAACUUCCCCGAGGACCCCAUGCUAAUCCCCAACCCCAGAAUGAUGUCCCCAUGUGUCCCCAAGACAACCGCAUCAUCCCUCACUCCCCUCACGAGUACCCCAGUCUUCCCCACUCCCCCCCAGAAUUCCCCAGCCUUCCCCAGGACAUUGCCUACCCCCCACAUGACCUCCCAGACAUCAUUUUAGCAGCACAUCGACGAUUACAACCCCGGCCCCUUGAAAUCCCCACCCCUCCCCAAAUUCCCCAACCACAGUCACCCCUCCCCACCAAUCCCCAAGCACUGAACCCUCUCGCAGACCCUCCCCUACAGCACACCACCCUCCCCACAUCCCCACAAGACCACAUCCUUCCCCAAACCCUGGAAACUAGAAAUUCCCAACCUUCCCUAAGCAACCCCAGUGUAUCAGGACCUCCCCAAGCACCUCAAAUCCCCACCACGUCAACCUUGAACUUUGAGGAGGAGGAGGAGGAGGAGGAGGAGGAGGGGAGGAGGAAGACUGGGCUAGCAGCAGCGGUAACGAGAGUGGUGAGGAGGAGUAUGAGGAAGAUGAAGAGGUUGAGGCUGUCGGGGAGGAAGACGGGGAGGAAUACUGAAGAAGGAGGAGGAGGAGGAGGGGGUGGGGGAGGAGGGGGGGUGAGUGAGGAGACGGAGAGGCGGAGGGGUCUGCCAUCAGCACCCCCCCUUGGUCUGUCAACUGUUCGCUCCCCGGCAGCUGCGUCUAUUAUCGUAACCUCCCUCAUGGCUGCCCUCUCCCCCCCUCCCCACUCCCCAUCACACUCCCCACCACGAGAAACCCUCCCCCCUCCUCCCCCUGCUACCACCACCAUCAACAACAACGUCAACACCACUAGAACGAACGAGGAAGAGACGGAGGAAGAAAGAAGAAGAAGAGGAGGAAGAGGAGGAGGAGGAAGAAGAGAAGAAGAGAGAAGUAUAGGAAGAGGAGGAGGAGAGGAGGAGGAAGAGAGACAAAGAAGAGAGGAGAACAGAAGAAAUGAAGGAAGAGAAGGAAGAGGAGGAGGAGGAGGAGAAGAUCAUAGAAGAGGAGGAGGAGGAGGAGGAGGAGAGUCGCUUUUCUCUACACCUCCUCCUCCUCCUCUUCUCUCCCCUUCCUCUCCUCCACUAAGCCUGGAGGUGGAGGUGGGAGGUUACGUCGGAGGAGGAGGAGGGGGGGAGGAGAGGUGGGGGGGAGGAGGAGGCCCUUCCUUCAUACCCCGCCCAAGCUUCUCUCCCCAACCAGAAAGGGAGAGAGAAAGGGGAGGAAGAGAAGGGAGGGAGAGGGAGGAGGGGAGAGAGAGGAGGAGAUCGAGGAGAGUGGAGGAGGAAGUCAUCUCCACCAUAACAUCCACCAUCUCUUCCACCUCCACAAACAAUGAUAAUAGUAAUAAUAAUAAUAAUAAUAAUAAUAAUAAUAAUAGCCAAGGAAGAGACGAGGUAGAUGGAGGAGGAGGAGGAGGAGGAGGAGGAGGAGGAGGAGGAGAAGAGGAAAGAAGAGAAAGACAGCACAGAAGAAGCAACAGCCGAGAGGAAGGAAGAAGAGAAUCAAGAGGAGGAGGAGGAGGAGGAGGAAGAGGAAGAGGAAGAAGAAGAACCGUGUCUCCAGUUUCUCCAAGAAGACGCUCUCUCUCAGGUGUGGGCGGCGGGCGUGCGGGCGGCAGCGCCUGGAGCCACACCCACUCCGGCCUCUUCGCCUCCCUGGCUGUCACCGUGACCACCUUCAACAUAUCGAGAUUCGCUGUACUGGGCGCGCGGUUCGGAUGGCCGUUCGUGGUGCAGUGGGUAGUGGUGUCGGCCGUGCUGGGGCUGCCGCUCAUGACCUUCCACGUCACCCUCGGCCAAUACCUGGGGUGCGGCGUUCUGGACAUGUGGGUCAUUUCGCCCAUAUUCCAGGGCGUGGGGUACAGUCUGUUGGCGGCCCAGGUGGUUGCGGGGCUGUACUGCUGCGUGCCUGUGGCCUGGCUGUUCGUCUUCUUCCGGGAUAGCUUCAUCACCCACAACAACAUGUUCAGAUGGGCGGACUGCAGACUGGUCAACUGCUCCGUGGAUGACAACUUCUCUACUAUCAUGAUCGAAGGGAUCCCAAAAUAUUUCAACUCCCAGGUGUUGCAGCGCGGCGAGGAGGGCGCGUCAUGGCUACAGGAGCUGGGCACGCUGCGGUUUGAUAUGGCCUUCAACAUUGCCCUCAUCUGGAUCAUUACCCUUCUUGCCCUGAGCCGCGGUAACCAGACGUACGGCAAGGUGUGUUACCUGGUGUUCCUGGCGCCGCUGCUGUGCUUCAUGGUGGUGGCUCUGUUCCUCGUCAGCAGAGCGCAGGACACGCCCCUCGCCUCGGACACCCUCACAUCCUUCUCCGACUUCUUCAUGAACAGCAGGUCAUGGAUGGCCGCAAGCAGGGAGGUGUUCCUGGUCUGGGGGUUCCAUGGCGCUGUUUUGCAACAAAUGUCUGCUCACAACAAGCGCGGUCACCCCCUGCACCGAGACACUACCCUCUUGUGGCUGGUGACGAGCUUGGUGUUGAUUCUGGCAGCUGCGGCGGGCCUCAGCUGUGUGGCCGGACUCAGGGAAAGCGACCUUGCCUACAAACCGUCAUCCUUUGAGACCACCCAGCGCGCCCAGUUCCUCACCGAGCAUCAGGAGUACAGCUACACCCGUGACCUCCGCCUUGAGACCUUCAUGCGCCACCACCUCCAAAUUGACCCGCCGACCCCCGCCCUGCGCGCUGACCUGUACCUCCACCACGACAACCUCUACGCCGGCAUACGCAUCCGCCCGCCCCCCCUGCGCCCCACUCCACUAGCCCCAGGGAAGCGCGGCCCCUCGUCAUCCCCCCCCAGCGGCUACCAGUCCCUGCGGUUGGCCACGGAGCUGUUCCCGGCACUACUGGCUGUGAACGGCGCGCAGAAAAUCUCACCCUUCUGGUCCUCACUCUUCUACCUCAGCCUCCUGCUCUUCGGCAUAGCUCAGCAGUUGGCGGUGUGGCGGACAGUGGUUGAGGCGGUCAUCUCCAUCAAUCGACAGCGGCUUCAGGCGUGGGAGACCUUCAUAACCUUUCUCUGCUGCCUCUUUGGGUUCUCUGCGGCGCUACCCAUGGCCACAGGGGCCGGCAUCCAUAUCAUCUACUUCUUGGAUUAUGUGAUAAGCUGUGGCUGGUGGCUUAUGAUACUUCAGCUGGUGCAGAUCUUCGCGCUUCUCUUCGUGCGUGGAAAACCGUACAGCGGGCAGGACAUCGUGCGGGAACUGAUGGGGCGUCAAGAGCAGUGCCGCGGGUUGUGGUUGGCGCCGCUCACCUCCUUCUCCUGGAACAUCGUCAUCCCUGUCGGCCUACUCAUCCUCUCCAUCUCAUCCUUCAAGUCGGGGCAGUUUAGGGAGGUGUUUGCGUGGUCCAGCUCCCAGUACUGGCCGGUGUGGGUGUGCCAGCUGGCGGCGGCACUGCAGCUGGCACCCAUCCUGCUGGUGCCGCUGGUGGGGGUGUUUCAGACCUGCCGAUACCUGGCACUCACCGAUGAAGACCUGUUUGAGAGGAUCCAACUCCUGUACCGUCCGUCCCUCCUGCAAAGGGCGCGGGGGCUGGACGGUUUCCUGCCCCACUCGGAGGACACGGAGAGGGUGGACGGGGGGGCCGGCGAGGGUGGGGAGGACUCCGAGGGCAGCCUGACCCCCCGCCCCUACAGCGACCCCCCUCCCAAGUACACACCGCCCCCCUCCUACUCCACGGCGACUGGGGCAAGAUUCGCCAAACUCGUCAACACAAGCUUACGGCACAGCAUGCGACGUCUACGCGACACACUACGCUCUGGGCAGGCACCCACAGCCCCAACCCCCCCCACCGAGGACACCCAAGCCACCCGAGACCCCGAGAGCGGCCCCACAGCCCCCCGCACCACCCCGUACAUCCCCCCACCCGAUUACGUCUCCUCCCCUCCACAGUACUCCACGCUGGACCCACUACGUCGGCAACAAGCUUUAGCAGCCUUGAACGCAUCCUCAACACCCAAUACGAGUGCGUGCGUGAAGGUGGAUGGUGAGGACGCACACCCACACCCCUUACACGCCACCUCGCACCCCCCACACACCCCUCCCUCAUCGUCCUUCAGCCGGUCAUCAAGUUUCCGUCGAUCCGGGCUGAGGCGUAGCAUAGCGUCGGGGGUUCGUCGAAGCGCGAGAAGGCUUGCGGCGAGUCUGGGGAUGGCGACGGGAGGGGAGGAUGACGGGGAUAGGCUAGUGGGGGUUGGUGGUGAUAGGGGUGGUGGCGAGGGGACUGGGGAAGGGCAGGGGAGCGGGCAACAAGGAGGGCAGCAGCAACAGCCAUAUGUAUACACCAACCUGGAGCUUCUGUCGCACUCCCACGCAUGAGGAGAGUACGGCAGCGAUAUUUGGUUGGUUCCGAUCUUUGUGUUUGUUGUUGAUUGCCUUUCCUGUGUAGUUUAUAUGAGUUAACGGUUUCAUAUUUUGUUUUGUUUAUUUUUUCCUCCCUUUGUAGUUUAUUAAUUAGAAUAUUUUACUUUUUUAUCGAUGUUACUGUCGCUACGUCUCACAGUUUUCGACAUAUUUUUCAAUGUUUUCAGUUUUUAUUUUCAACAUUAUUAUUUUCAACACUAGGCCUACACUCAUUUUUUUUCCUUGGGGGUGAGCUUCCUUCUUUCCUCUACCUAUUAACAAAGAUUUACACCAUCAAUAUAUUUCAUUACCAUACGUACAUAUUUCAUUUAUAAGAAGGUCAACAUAUUCUCUCUUCUCCUUCCUUCCUUCCUGUUCGAACCAAUAAUUUCUUUUGCUUCUUUUCUCAUCACCUCAGAUUUACACCAUCAAUAUAUCUCUUCAUUACCAUACGUACAUAUUUUAUUUGUGAGGAGGUCAACAUAUUCUUCUCCUUCCUUCCUUCCUGAACCAAUAAUUUCUUUUGCUUCUUUUCUCAUCACACC